AUGAUUAGAGGUUGAUGGUUGUUAGUGAUCAGGUUGAGAACGCCUGUUGCAAUCCAUAAUAUUAUAGACUACAAUUUAUAGUGUCAGUAUAGUCAAGUAUAGUGUUUGACGCAGUUUGACACAGGCAGGAUCUUUUGUUAGUGCAAUAGGUUUCAAUUGUUUUUUCGAUUUUAGUCGAUACGCGUCAUGGGUUGUGAUGGUGGAACUAUUCCUCGUAGGGAUGAGCUUGUCAGAGUAAAAAAGAAACCAGAACAGAAAGAUAAAGAGGCAGAAUUAGCAUUCAAAUGGAGACAUUGUACAAUAAAACAAUUACCUCUGCAACCACCAGUGGUUGGGUGUGCUCUGGGUCGCUUGUACAGCAAAGAGUCCGUGUUGGAGGGCCUUCUUGAUAGAACCACACUCCCAGAAUCAGCACAACAUAUUAAAAGUUUAAAAGAUGUAAAAGCCCUGAAUUUAACUUCAAAUCCAGCAUUUGAAGCUAAUAAAGCUGAAAAAGGGGACUGUUACACAGAUGGAGGCAAGAGUCCCUACAUUUGUCCAAUUAUUGGAUUAGAAAUGAAUGGCAAAUACAAAUUUUGCUUUUUGUGGUCAUGUGGUUGUGUAAUGAGCGAACGUGCACUUAAGGAGAUUAAGAGCACUAUAUGUCACCAGUGUCAACAACCCUUCGCUGACACAGAUAUUGUUAUAAUGAAUGCAGAGGGUGAUGAUCUUAAAAAAAUGGAAGAAAGUAUAAUAAACCGAAAGGCUGCUCAGAAGAAAUCUAAAAAACAAAAACAUAAUGAAGUUACUCAAACUCAAGAUGCUAAACAAGAUGAUGUACCAAAGAAGAAAAUUAAAAAAGAAGAUAAAGUUGCUAGCAUUAAAAUCAACAGUAACAGAAGCGAAGCUGAAGAUCCAGCAUACAAAAAAGUUAAAGAUAACUAUAGUGUAGCCAAGGAUCCCAAAGCAUCGGAAGUUUUCAAAAGUAUUUUCACUAGCCACAAAUCUGCUGCAGAACAAGAUAGAGCACACUGGAUUACAUACAAUCCAUUCUAUAAUUAA